AUGGCCGACUCUUCUUCUCAUCGAUUGGACCUCCGUGUUGGCGGCAAAUACAGGCUCGGAAAGAAGAUUGGUUCAGGAUCGUUCGGUGACAUCUAUCUUGGCAUUAACAUCAUAUCCGGCGAGGAGGUUGCCAUCAAGCUGGAAUCGGUCAAGGCUAAGCACCCUCAGCUCGAGUACGAGUCCAAGGUGUACAAGACGCUCGCUGGUGGCGUCGGCAUCCCGUUCGUGAGAUGGUUUGGCACUGAAUGCGAUUACAACGCCAUGGUCCUCGAUCUCCUGGGGCCGUCGCUCGAGGACCUCUUCAACUUCUGCAACCGCAAGUUCAGCUUGAAGACUGUGCUACUCCUCGCCGAUCAGCUUAUCUCCCGCAUCGAGUACAUCCACUCUCGUAAUUUCAUCCAUCGUGACAUCAAGCCCGACAACUUCCUUAUGGGCAUUGGCAAGCGCGGCAACCAGGUCAAUGUCAUCGAUUUCGGUCUUGCCAAGAAGUUCCGCGAUCCGAAGACCCACCUCCAUAUUCCCUACAGGGAGAACAAGAACCUCACGGGCACGGCUCGCUACACAUCGAUCAACACCCACUUGGGUGUCGAGCAGUCUCGUCGUGACGAUCUGGAGUCGCUGGCAUAUGUCUUGAUGUACUUCCUCCGAGGUGCCUUGCCGUGGCAGGGUCUCAAGGCUGCUACCAAGAAGCAGAAGUACGACAGAAUCAUGGAGAAGAAGAUGACGACCCCGACUGAUUUGCUAUGCCGUGGCUUCCCCAAUGAAUUCGGCAUCUUCCUUAACUACACCCGCGCUCUGCGCUUCGACGACAAGCCCGAUUACUCUUACCUCCGCAAGCUCUUCCGCGACCUCUUCGUCCGCGAGGGCUUCCAGUACGACUAUGUCUUCGAUUGGAGCGUCCAGAGAGGUGCCCAGGAGGAAGGCAGUUCCACCAAGGCUGCUGCCGGAGGACGCAGGAAGGUCGUCCAGGAGGAGGAAGAGCCGCGCACCAGCGACAGAAUGUAG